AUGGAGGAAGCAAAACUACCUCCAGAACUCACCAACAUUUUUAAAUAUUGGUAUAGAAACCAGGUCAACAAUGUCCGGUGGGCAGGCGCAUUGUCAGACUCGUAUGGGUUGGAGUGCGGAGUGAGGCAGGGGGGGUUAAGCUCACCUACGCUAUUCAACCUGUACGUGGAUGACUUGCUAGGCGAGCUCAGCAGCACCAGAACCGGCUGCUACAUAGAUGGAGUGUCUUUAAAUAACAUAAGUUACGCCGAUGAUAUGGUGCUGUUGAGUGCGUCAAUCUGUGGUCUCAGGAAGCUCAUAGCUGUAUGUGAGGCUUAUGUGGAGAAACAUGGUCUUGCCUAUAACACUAAAAAGAGUGUAGUGAUGGUCUUUGAGGCAGAGGGUAAAACAUCUAAAAAUCUAACCCUUCCACCUAUCUCGCUGAAUCGCGUAGCAUUAGAGAGAGUGAAUAAAGUCAAGUACCUCGGACACAUGUUGGCCCCUGACCUUAGAGACGACACUGACAUCGAGAGAGAACGGAGGGCGUUAUCAGUAAGAGCAAAUAUGCUGGCUCGCAGGUUUGCGCGGUGUUCAUAUGCCGUUAAAAUUACGUUGUUCAGAGCAUACUGCACUAGUUUCUACACGUGCAGCCUGUGGGCCAAAUACUCUCAAAAAUCUUAUAACGCUCUCCGUGUACAAUAUAACAACGCAUUCAGGGUGCUGAUGGGGUUGCCCCGCUUUUGUAGCGCAUCGGGGAUGUUCGCGGAUGCGCGUGUUGACUGUUUUUACGCCACAAUGCGCAAACGUUGUGGAUCCUUGGUGCGCAGGGUGCGGGGCGGCACCAACAGCAUUCUAGCAAUGAUUGCGAGCAGGUUGGACUGUAAAUAUGUGAAUUACUGCUGUUCCAUGUCAAAUGGAUUGGAGCGGCAGUGA